GACAGUUCAUUGUAAUCUGUCAAACGGUUGGAAAACAAGCAAAAGUUAUUGCGAGCGAAGCCUUCUGCAGAAACAGUCUACCGCAGUGUUUGGUUGCAUUUUCUCAUCCUCAAUGUCCGCUACUUGGCAACAACAAACGCCCUGUGGCGUUAUUAAAGCAAUAUGGGGCCACAUUAGCACCACCCCAUCGGGUGAAAUAGAGCACUCGAAAUUAGUGAAACUGUUAAGCAAAUCUUUGCAACUAGAUAGUACGGAAUUAGCCGAAAAGCACAUACAAACGGCACUGGAAGACCAGCUCAUAGUGCUGUGCAUUCGAGCAAAGCAGCGUGGUAAACAAAAAUCCAGCACCAACUACACAAUCCCCAGCUUACAAACGGUGUCUGACGAACAGCCGGACAAAUGUUGCUACGAAUGUCACAAUACCGGGAGCGUUAUAAAAUGUGAAGGUUGCAUGAGAAGUUUUCACGAUGGUUGCCUAAAAUCUCCGAAAGAGAAACAGCAAGAGCUGCGACAGUUUGUGUCUAAGGAAAAGCGUAUCAUCAUAUCAGCGUCAGAGGAACAACCGACUCCACGAGCACAGAGACGAAACUCCACUGUAUCGGUUGCCACCAUGGAUGAGAGUACUGUUUGGCCAGCAGACUUGCAACAGGAUGAUGACGAGUCGGUUGAGGUCGUAGAUGAAGAAAUGCCCGGAAUUGAGGUAAAACGAGAGACCAUGAGUCUGGAUUCUUCCUUUCACAACGUGAAGGUGGAGAACGAUGUAAAGGAAGGCCUGCUAACGGAUGAGCUUAUGUUUGUGGGACUGAUUCGACCGCCCAAUCGACGUCUCGAAAAAAUGCUUAACACUACAAUUAAACCGGAAGAGCCGUUCGACAGUGAGGACGUUGCAACACAGGCGAUCGAAAAUGAUACGCUGAUGAGCCGGAGCUGUUAUGCCUGCCAUGUGCUGAAGAGCAAUCCCAUCAACAUCUCGCCCAAUAUUAGCACGCAGGAACUAAACUAUUUGCUGAAUUUCGUCGUAAAGGAGUACAAAUCGUGGCUCCCAAAAGACACCUUUUCACCCACAAAGCUUUUUAGGGGCAAGUCUGCCAAGACGGUGCUAUCGAGCAAAGUUAUAGACAUUUGCAAGACGGUGUUUCUUCGUACGCCUACAUCGAUUGCAGAUGUUGAAGCAAAGAUCGCGAACGAACAGUACACUAGCCUAGAAGAGUUCCAUGUUGAUUUGCUGGACAUUGUACACAACUUAGGCAUCAUCCAUGGAGUGACCUCGCUAGACUACAGUGCGGGAAUGUAUUUUCUCGCUGAUUGCCUUUAUGAACUGCGGGAAAUACGCCAGUGUUCCGAUUGUUAUCGCCAUUCGUCCGAAAAGUUGCAACCGGAUUGGUUUACGCGGCCAUGCCGCACGCGCCACGAGGUGGUAUUCGCCAAACAAAAAAGCUUCCAAUAUUGGCCAGCGAAAGUGGUGCGGGUGACAAAUGAUAAGUACGAUGUGCGAUUCUUCGGCGACAAGCAUAUGCGAGCGUUGGUAAAUGCAAACUGUGUUAGACCAAUUGACACGGAGUUACGCACACUUCGAGUAAACGUUAAGCAUCGUGGAUUCCAGCAAGCCAUGGACGAAUUGCUACAGUACCAAUCGUUAUCAGAAGGCUUUAGAGAACAAUAUUCCUUUCUAUCCGUACGUCAGAUGUUAGAAAGCUCUCUUCCGGUCACGCGGUGUGAGGAUAUAGAUAGAGUAGCAAGCAGUGGUAUCACAUCCAGACCGGUUACGAGAAAGCGGAACCAAGCAACUCAACAACCCAGCACACCAGCAGCUGACUCUGCUAUUCAGCAGAAGCAUAGAAAGUUGUUGGACCGGCUUACGAAUCCGGUGGAUCUGAGAGCGAAAGCUUUACAAUUACUUCAGGAAGGCGAAGAACAAUUCUCUCGUAAGUUGGAGCUCUUGAAUGAAAAGCAUCGUCAGGAAAUAAGUGACGUAAAGAAAAAGCAAUGGUGCGCCACGUGUGAGAAGGAGGCCAGAAUACAGUGUUGUUGGAACACAUUCUAUUGCACGACAGCUUGCCAGAAAAAUCACUGGGUACAGCAUCAGAAGCGACACCAGGCAGGCGGAAGGUACCAUCGUCUACGUUCCGUGUCCGUCAAUCCAUUAACACAGCAUGAAAGCUAAUGUUGCAGUACGCAGUCCUUGGAUAGUGUACAGUUUGAAGAUGUUUUAUUUACUGUUACCAUUUAACGAUUGAACCUCUGUACAUAAUUUAUUUAUUUUAAAGCUAACGAAACUGCACUCUCACGUUGUAAGGACUCAAGAAUAAUUAGCAUUCGCUAUACUAUUCAUCCUUUCAUAUUUUCUACGGCUUACUAGUCGUACAGUCGAAAUAAGUUUUGUUGCUUUUCGAUAGACUUUCGCUGUUAAUGAAAUCGUUUUAUAGUACUUCCAACGUUAAAUAAAAACAAAGAACGUACACAUUUUA